GUCACCGGCACGUCUCGUGUAGUCGUGUUUGAAUGUGGCGUGCGUGCAUCACAGCGCUAAAACGAACUAAAUUUACGUCACAAAUAAACUUAAUUAAACCAGAAAGUGUUUUGCGACAGCUAAGUUCACGAGCUAACUGCCGUGGUUUGGACGUUUCUCGCUCAGCAGCACUGAGAUUCAUGUCGAGUGAACCGAAGAGGCUCCGCACUGAAAACAUGACCGUCAAAAAAAUCGGGACUCACAAUGGAAGUUUUCACUGUGAUGAAGUUUUAGCCUGUUUCUUCCUCAGACAGCUGCCUGAGUACAAGGUGGGUUCAUCUAUUCGGACCAGGGACCCCACACAGCUGGCAGAGUGCGACAUCGUUGUAGACGUUGGAGGAGAGUUUGACCCAAAGAGGCAUCGCUAUGACCAUCAUCAGAGGACCUUUGCGGAGAAUUUCCACAGUCUGUGUCCAGAGAAGCCAUGGGUGACCAAGCUCAGCUCAGCCGGUCUGGUCUACCUACACUUUGGUCGUCAGCUGCUGGCCCAGCUGACGCAGCUGAAGGAGGGCGACAAGCAGCUGGAGGUGCUCUUUGACAAGAUGUAUGAGAACUUCGUGGAGGAAGUGGAUGCUGUAGACAACGGCAUUUCACAGUGUGAUGGGGAGGCCCGCUACUCUGUCUCCACCACGCUGAGCGCACGUGUCGGCCACCUGAACCCACGCUGGAACAGCAAGAGUCAGGACACUGAGGAGGGUUUCAGAAAGGCUAUGAAGAUGGUUGGGGAGGAGUUUCUGGACCGUCUGGAGUACUACCAGUCCUCCUGGUUGCCGGCUCGUGCGGUGGUGGAGGAAGCUGUAAAUGGGAGGCAUCAGGUAGAUCCCAGUGGGGAGGUGGUGUUGUUCUCCCAGGGCGGGUGUCCCUGGAAGGAGCAUCUGUUUACCCUGGAGAAGGAGCUCAAGGUGGAGACGCCAAUCAAGUUUGUCCUUUACGCCGACCAGAAUGGACAGUGGAGGGUCCAGUGCGUCCCCGCUGGACUCAACACCUUCCAGAACAGGCUGUCCCUGCUAGAGGAGUGGCGCGGCGUUCGCGAUGAAGCACUGUCGGAGCUCAGCGGGAUCGAGGGCUGCGUCUUCGUCCACGCCUCAGGCUUUAUUGGCGGGAACAAGAGCAAGGAAGGAGCCCUGGAGAUGGCCCGGAGGACGCUGCAGGCCGCCGCUCACUCCACAAAUGGAAGCAGCUGAGGGGUCAGAGAGGGAAGCCAACAGCACAUUUUGUUCUCGGGGGUCAGUCUUUAGAGAGAAUAACGAGGAUUAAAAUCUUAGUUUGUUGUCUUGCCGCUUGUCCGUCCCAGUCAGGGCUAAUGUUGUUUUGCUCUGCCUGCCCAGGAGGUGGAUGGUAUAGAAAUAGCAGCCAGAUAACCUUGGACCACUUCCCUAAAUUUCUAUAUUCCAACACAGGCUCCUCCUGAAUCAUAAUGUUGAGUCAUGUUCCUCUAAAUCUCCCUGUUCUCAUAAAUGUGGGUCUGUUUUGUUAAUUUGUAAUGAAAUACUAUUUGGAUUACACUCUGUAACCAUUUAAUCAGGUUAAAUCCAGCAUUAAAGUGACUGUUGUUUUUCCAA